AUGGCGGCGCGCGGCCUGAAGGGCAAAGCUGCGGCGCAGGAGCACGGAGGGCUGAAGAUCAUGCUCGUCAGCUCCGACAAACAGCGCUUCUGCCUGCCGGAGCCCGCGGCGAGGGUGUCAAAGGUCAUCAGUAAAAGUAUCUGCGGCUACCUCACCGACGCCGACAUCACGCUCGAGUUUCCCGCCGAGGCGGUCAACAUGGUCGUGGAGUACUGCAAGCGGAAGGCAGCGGACGGUGUCGAAAUGACGCACGGGUGGGAAAGAGAGUACCUCCGCGACCUCGGCCAGGCGCAGCUGUACGAAGUGCUCCACGCCGCCGGCAACCCCGAGAUCGAGGAGCUCGUGGACCUGGCCUGCAAGCGCGUCGCCAACAUGAUCAGCGGCAAGGCGCCGGCGGAGAUCCGCAGGAUCUUCGGCAUCGACAACGACGAGUUCACGUCGGAGCAGCGCGAAGAGAUCCGCAGGGACAACUCGUGGAUCGAUAUGACGGCUGAAGAACAGGCCGAACUCGAGCUCGUAUUCUUCUUCGCCGUUAUUACAUCUUUUUGA